UGCCUUCUUCCCCUUCUCCACGCAAGUCUGUAGCACGUAACAACUGGUAUCAGAGGAGUCCGUUCCUCCGCGAUCGCCGAUCUGGAACCCGCCGCCAACCACGACUACUUCACGAGGCUCCAGCGACGUAAGGGUACCAUGGAUCCCUCGUCCAAGCUCCUGCUCGAGGAGAUCGAUAAGAAGCUGGUGGCGAUGGACCUCAAGUGGGAGCAGCGGUUCGGAGACUUCAACCGCGCUAAGGAGGAUCGCCUGACGGCCCUGGAGAACUCGUGCGCCGAGUUCGACAAUUGGCGUCCCAAGGUCGACGCCGCCAUGGAAGAUGUCAAGCUGGAGCUCCACAAGAUGAACAAGCAGUGGGAUCACGCAGCGCGGUAUAUGGCGGGGGCGGAUUCUGGCAUCCUCGGCAAGCCGGAUCCACUGCUUGAUCCUCGACAGCAAGCUCCGACUCAUGACGGCCCCAUUGGGCACCGCGAUGAAUCACGCCACCGGGAGCAGGGGUAUGGGUCGGUGACCUUCACCCCUGGCCCGGUCAAGGGUAUGCAUCAUGUGCCCCAUCUACCGCCUUCUCCUCGUUAUCAUGGUCCUGUGUUUGAUCAUAUGGGUAGUCGCACACGAAAUUCUGAUAUGCCAAUGAGCUCUCUGGGCAAGUUACCAAAAUUGCCAUUCCCUAUUUUUGACGGGGAUAAUCCACGUUUGUGGAUCUAUCGCUGUGAGAGUUACUUCGACAUGUACGAAGUCGAACCCGAAGCCUGGGUGAAGGUGGCUUCCAUGUACCUCGCGCCACAUGUAGCAUGCUGGUUCCAGUCUGUUGAGCGCAAACAACCCCGAUUGUCUUGGCCGCUGCUCUGCAGAUUACUACACGAGCGGUUCGGUCGAGACCAGUACCAGUCAUUGUUGCGGCAGCUGUUUCGUAUCCAUCAGCAGAGUAGCGUAACUGAUUACCAGGAUCGUUUUGUCACAUUAGUUGAUCAGUUGGCUGUUUAUGAGUCAGUGCCAGAUCCCUUGUUUUUUGCUACUCGCUUUGUAGAUGGUCUACGUACCGACAUUAGAGCAGUGGUUAUGCUUCAACGUCCUCUGGACUUGGACUCCGCAUGUUCCUUGGCUUUGUUGCAGGAAGAGGUGGCGCUGCCGUCGGGACGACAUGAACAUCGCAAGGAAGCUUAUCAGCCCUGGCUGAAGUCGGCUACAGCAAGUGCCCGACCAAUGCAACUACCCCCUCCACCCACAUCUUCUCUUCAUAAACCAGAAUCUUAUCAGAAGAAAAGAGAUGGUGUUCCUUCGUCUGUGGAUGGCAAAUUGGCUGCACUCAAAGCUUAUCGACGUGCUCGUGGUCUAUGUGAUAGGUGUGCUGAGAAGUGGCAUCGUGGACAUACUUGUAACGCAACUGUGCAGCUGCAUGCAUUACAGGAGGUGUGGGAAUUGCUGUCAGAAAAUUCAGGGGAGGACUCAUCAAUUCAUGAACAGACACUCGAGGAACCUAUUAUUAUGGCUAUUUCUGCUGAAGCUGUGACAGGGUCUUCUGCAAAAAGAUCCAUGAGAUUUCUGGGAAGCAUGCUUGGAAAGGACAUCCUGAUUUUGGUUGAUUCUGGCAGUACACAUUCCUUCAUUAAUCAGUCAACUGUUCAGCAUCACACUAUUGUUCCAGUAGCUGCAACUCCUUUCAGAGUCCAAGUGGCAAAUGGUGGACUGCUAUCCUGUGACAAGAUGAUACCUCAUGCAGUUUGGAGCAUCCAAGGGUGUGAAUUCUCUCAAGAUUUGAGGGUGUUGCCUCUGCCAAAGUUUGAUCUCAUUUUGGGAAUGGAUUGGUUAGAAUUUUACAGUCCCAUGGAGGUACAUUGGCAACACAGAUGGUUGUGUAUUCCCUACCACGACAGACAAGUGGUGCUUUAUGGUUGUGCUGCACAAGCAACUGACAUUCUUUUGCAUAUUACACCAGUUAUGUCUUUCGUGCUUGAUACCCCACCUGAAGCUGUGCACCCUGCAGUGUCUGCUAUAUUAUCUCAGUUCCACCAAGUUUUUGCACAACCAAGUUCUCUUCCUCCUGUCAGGGCAUGUGACCAUGCAAUUCCCUUGGUACCUGGUGCGACUCCAGUCAAUAUCCGGCCCUAUCGAUAUUCCCCAUCGUUGAAGGAUGAGAUUGAGCAACAUAUUGUGAAGAUGCUUCAAAAUGGUAUUAUAAGACCUAGCUCCUCUGAGUUUUCUUCCCCGGUGUUGUUAGUAAGAAAGAAAGAUGGCAGUUUCAGGUUUUGUGUAGAUUAUCGUUACCUCAAUGCCUUGACUAUCAAAUGGAAGUUUCCCAUUCCUGUCUUUGACUAGUUAAUGGAUGAACUCGCUGGGGCAUCAUGGUUUUCCACACUGGAUCUCUUGUCAGGGUACCACCAAGUAAGGUUGAAGCCUGGAGAAGAAUUCAAAACGGCUUUCCAAACUCAUCAUGGGCAGUACGAAUUUUUGGUCAUGGCUUUCGGUUUAUGUGGAGCUCCAGGCACCUUCCAGAGUGCUAUGAACACUACACUGGCACCAUUACUCAGAAAAUGUGUUAUAGUGUUCUUUGAUGACAUAUUAAUUUAUAGUGCCACUUUGGAUGACCACUUAGACCACUUGCAACAGGUGUUAACUCUCCUCCAGCAAGACACUUGGUUUGUCAAAAUGUCUAAGUGCAAAUUUGCCCAACGCAAAAUUUCUUACCUCGGACAUGUAAUAAGUGAGGAAGGGGUGGCCACCGAUGAAGCAAAAGUUGAGGCUGUGUUGUCCUGGCCCAUACCAAACAAUGCCAAAGACUUGAGAAGCUUUCUCGGUCUUGCAGGAUAUUAUCGCAAGUUUGUGAAACAUUUUGCCAUUAUUGCAAGACCCCUGCACAAUCUAUUGAAAAAAGGAGCUCUCUUUGUGUGGACUCAAGAUCAUCAGCUUGUGUUCUCUACUUUGAAACAAGCUCUCGUUUCAGCACCUGUCUUGGCAUUACCAAAUUUUGCUAAACCGUUUUGCUUGGAAACCGAUGCCUGUAAAAAUGGUGUGGGUGCUGUCUUGAUGCAGGAGGGUCAUCCACUAGCGUUUCACAGUAAACCUUUGGGCACCAAAACACAAGGUCUCUCAACAUAUGAGAAAGAAUAUCUAGCCAUUCUGAUGGCUGUCGACCAGUGGCGCCAUUAUCUGUUACAUGCCGAAUUCAUUAUCUUCACAGAUCAAAAAAGCUUGAUCCACUUAAGUGACCAGAGGUUGAACACUCCAUGGCAGCAGAAGGUAUUUACAAAGUUACUCGGCAUGCAGUACAAGAUAGUAUACAAACAAGGUUCCGACAAUAGGGUUGCUGAUGCCCUAUCUAGAAGAGCGCAUGAUAUCCCUACGGUUCUGGCCAUUUCUGUCUGUUCUCCACAAUGGUGCCAAAACAUUAUCGAUGGCUAUCUGCAGGAUGAAGAAGCUAAACAGCUUCUAGCCAAACUGAUAGUAGAUGGUUCAUCAGUUCCUCACUUUUCGUUACAGGAUGGUAUUAUCAAAUUCAACAACAAGAUUUGGGUGGGCAACAACCGGCCAAUGCAUCAAGCCAUCUUGGAGGCCAUGCACAGUUCUGCUGUAGGUGGGCACUCUGGUUUCCCUGUCACGUAUCACAAGCUGAAGCAGCUGUUUGCCUGGUCCGGUAUGAGGAAGUUUGCUAAACAUUUUGUGGCUUCGUGCUCCGUGUGUCAGCAGUCCAAGCCGGAGAGGGUCAAGUACCCUGGACUCUUGCAGCCUCUGUCUGUACCCGCUGGCGCUUGGCAGACAGUUACACUGGAUUUUGUGGAGGGACUUCCAAAUUCAGGCAACAAAAACUGUGUAAUGGUAGUGGUCAACAAGUUUUCGAAGUUCAGUCACUUUAUUGCCCUCAAACACCCUUUUUCAGCACUGGUGGUGGCUAAACACUUUAUGCAGCAUAUAUAUAAGCUCCAUGGCAUGCCAACAGCAAUUGUCUCUGACCGUGACCGCAUAUUCACUAGCCAAUUGUGGCAAGCUUUAUUCAAGCUAGCUGAUGUGAAGCUUCACAUGAGCUCCUCCUACCACCCACAAACAGACGGGCAAACAGAGCGCGUUAACCAAUGUAUGGAGACCUUCCUCCGUUGCUUUGUCAACGCGUGUCCCAGCAAGUGGAUCGAUUGGCUUUACCUGGCAGAGUUCUGGUACAACUCCUGCAAGCACGAAGCACUGGGUCUUUCCCCCUUUGAAGUGUUAUAUGGUUAUUCGCCGAAACCAUUCGGUUUGAAUGCUGUUGAUAACUCUCAAAAUCCUUCCCUGGAUGAGUGGCUGCAAGACAAGGCUGUCAUAACAACCUUGGUUCAGCAACACCUGCACCGUGCUCAGUUACGUAUGAAGGCCCAGGCUGAUAAAAACAGGUCUGAAAGAGUUUUUGCUGUGGGGGAUCAAGUAUACCUGCGUUUACAGCCAUAUAUCCAGUCUUCCCUUGCUCCCAGAUCGAACCAAAAACUUGCUUUUCGGUAUUUUGGGCCCUUCACUGUUCUCAACAAAGUGGGUUCGGUUGCUUACAAAUUGGAUUUACCUGCUUCGUCUAAAAUACAUCCCAUUUUCCAUGUUUCUCAACUAAAGAAGGCUAUCUCUCCGACUGUUACAGUCGCUCAGCUACCUCAGUCCCUAGAAGGUUUGCAGGUACCUGACAAAAUUUUACAACGUCGUCUGAACUCUGCAGGGUUGUCUCAAUUGCUCAUCCAGUGGUCAGGCAUGCCUACUUUGUUGGCCACCUGGGAAGAUGAACUGUUAUUGCGCCAGAAAUUUCCAUAUGCUCCUGCUUGGGGGCAAGCAGCCUUUCAUCGCCGGGGGAUUGUUACAGACACUACCUAGGUUCGUGUGGUGGAAAGCAGAUCAGCGUCUGAAGAAGGCGGUAUUCAGGGACCGAAGUCAGUCCAGCCAAGCAGCAACAAGGAGCACCGGUUGUCAAAACGCGUCAGGAAGCCCAAUGUCCGUGUUUCAGGCCCAGAAUGGAGUAUGUAAGGUGUUACGUGUGUGUGCGUGAGGCUGGAUACUUAAGCCGCGCAAGUGGCGUGGUGUAAUCAUCUUGGACAAGAAAUUCCUAAAUGAAACUCUGAGCCGCCGGCUCUCUACCCUACCUGCUCCUCCUCUUCCUGCCUUCUUCCCCUUCUCCACGCAAGUCUGUAGCACGUAACACACCGAUGGCCGCACCAAAUCACAGCCCGCACCUUUUUUUUCUCUCUCUGGCAGCGUUCAGCACAAGUGGUGAUUGGGGUCUAUUCUUCUCGACGUAGCGGCUUCCCUUUUCUCUCCGGUGAUGGCGUGCGCAAGGGGGCGCGGCGGCAACAAGCCCUAUAAUGCCAGGGCAACGGCAGGUCCUGAAAUAUCUCAACCGAAUCCCCUCAGUUGGCCGAACUCAUCGGUCCCACGUCGAGAGUUCUGCGGUGGGGAAGAGGAACAGGAGCUACGGCGGUCCCACACGGAUGGAGCAGGGCUGGCAUGCGGGGCCCGGCCCACCAGUCAGCCAAACAAAUGCGGCCAGCGGAGGAAUGAGCGAUGGCCCACAUGCCAGUGUCUGAUGUCCAUGCCGUGGAGGAUGGCGCAGGUGUUGAGUGGCCGACACGGUGGAUCCCAAAGACCAGUGGUCGGACCCAGGAUGGUAACGCGGAUGGAAGAUGGGCCACGCGGGAGAAGGGCUAAAUGGGCCGAGUGGGAUUGGGUCCAGACAACGUUUCUUUUUUUUCUUCUUUAUUUUUCUCCUUUCUUCUUUAUUUUGAAAUCCAAAUUUUUGGAUUUCAAAUUUUGUGAUGAAUUUGUACUCAACUAUUUGAAGGUAUGAUUCAAACAUGCCAUGGUGAAAUGAAUUUAUUUCUCUAA